AUGGAGAAAAUUGGUGCUUACGAUAAGCAGCAGUGGGAACGAACCGUCGAAGAAAAGAUACUCAGGGGCCUAAAGCAUGUGCCAAAAAGAACCGGGAAGCUGAAGACAGACCUCAUUGAUAUUGAUCUUGUUACCGGCUCGACCUAUCCCAAAGCAAAGCCUCAAAAUGGUAAUCUCUCUCUCAUUCUGCUGGGUGUCUGUCGGGCGCUCUUCCUCCCAUGCUGGUGGCAGUGGUGGCAGCGGCACACGUCUCAGUAUUUGCUGUCUCUUCUCGUUUCGACGUACUUCGUGCAGCUAGCAGUGAUGAUGUUAUGUUUCUGUGGCUGUUUUUCUGACGGUUGGAAGGUGAGCAUUGAAGGAGAAGAUGGGCAUGGCAUCACCAUAGCUGAGAUAUUGUCUCCUGUGAUUGUCAUGAUUGUUCUGAGUAUAGUGCACACCCACAUUGCAGCCACUCAUUCUGUCACAAGUCAUUCGUCCCUUUCUAAAUCCCUUGGAUCCGUCAAGAAAUCGUCCCCAAAUAUGAAAAGGCCUUCGAAUGUCAGUUGCAAGUUGUAUAGAACCAGGAGAUCUACAAGAUCUAGGCGAUCUGCAUCAGAAGAACCAGAACUUCCUUCUCCACGUCAAAAACUGGAAAAGAGAUCUCAUUCCCUUGAUGGUCAAGUUUGCAUGUAUCACCAGUCACAUAGAGUAACGUUUCAAAAUCCAUUGGAUGCUACUGCAGAGAAUAACAAUGAUGGAACUGAAGAAACAUGUGGAGCUGCAUCUGAAUCUCAACAGACUGAAUGGAGCAAUUGCAGACAGGAUGAAUACAUUUCUUCUAGUAGCAAAAGUAUGUAUGUGAUUCAGGAAGCAGAACGCAAGCUGGAAGAAGCAGUCCAACCCAGGGCAUUAUUUGAGGAUACCGAUGCCGGUAUCAGUGAUGCUCCCGUCGGGCAAGAUGACAGAAGAGACUCUGCCAUGGAAUUGAAUGAUUCGGGAGUUGAUUCCAGCUGGGCCUCUGCCAUCGAAAAAAGAAAGAGCAAGAAUCCAAAUGCCAGUCAUGUUGAGGUUCGAUAUUCUGAGAAUGGUCUCAGUUCAGGUUGUGAAGGUGAGCCUCUGUCAGAGGGAGAACAUGGGUCCGAAGCUAAGCCCCUCAUGAACGGAUUCAUCGGGAAGAGCCAGUCGAGAUUUUCUGGCCUCAAGAAGACUGUCAGAAAUGGCUUCGAAUCGAAAAGGGGGAGUUCUAGACGGAGGAAUUUGCUGAGGAUGGACUCUUCCCAGCAGAGUUCAGGCGACAGUGAGGAUCAGACUUCCGGGCAGCCUUCAUCCCUUCUUCAGGAUAGCUCACCCGACGUGGAAUGGACGGCCAUCGACAGCUACAGCUCCGAGUCUCCGAACAUGUCGGACGAGGAUAGCACGUUGGAAACGGCUGAAGAUCCAUUCAAUACUUCGUCUUUAUUCCACCAUACUGGGAUAGGGACUGGUACUUCUCACCUGGUCAGCAAUAAGGUCACUGUCAGCUGCAUGAUUUGGGAGGGUGGUGAAGUGAAGAAAGCCGGGCUUUCUGUCCUCGACAUAAGCUCUGCAAUCAUCAGCAAGGUAGAGCACAGUGCAGAUUCAAUGGAUUACCUCUUCCUUGGCUUGAGUUUAUCUCUUACAGUGAGUCUCUUACCUCUUGCUUAUCGAGCUAUUGCAUUAUCUGGUGACUCGCCUGUCAUUGAGGUUCUGAAUCAGAUUCAAUCACUGCAUACUUCAGUGUCAAAUCUGCCCAAGUCAUUUGUGCAAUCAAGCUACCUUGAACUGAUAAUCUUUCUUGGAGGUCCUCUUGUCCGCUUUGUAUGGGCAGCUCAGUUUUUCUUCUUGCUGGCAGUUGCUGAACGCACUUUCAAGCAACGCUUUCUUCUGUCUAAGUUGUUCUGCUAUCUGACAUCGGCUCGCCGAGCAAGGCAGAACGAUCUGCCUCAUUUUCGUCUCAACAAAGUCCGUUAUGAGAUCCUGAACAAGAAAUUCAGAGCUGCCCAGAAAACCCUCGACCGCGAGGUGAGUCAUGUCACGAUGGCGGCCACUGAACUGGACAGGUCUUUCAUCUGUGGAGAAACUUCCCCAAGCAACAUCUCUCAGUUGAUUGGUGGAGUAGUUGAGAAGCUGUCAAUCAUGAAAAGGAAAUGCUUUCACAUUCACAGUGAAAAUGAACUGAGUGCAAAAUAUGGCUUUUGUUACAGGUCUUGUGAGACUUUUCAUUCAGUACUUAACCAUGUGCCCUCUCAUCUCAUGGCAACACAGGCCGACGAGAGCAUCUCUGAAGAGCUUGAUGCAGCGAGGAUGUGCAAGAGGCGGGUGGAGCACCUCCUGGCUGCCGAGUCGCCAAACGAAGUUUUGGUGAAUUUGUGGAAGAAGCAACGUCUGGAUCGCAUGCUCGUGGAGUACUUCCUUCGCUGCGGGUAUUAUGAGACGGCGAAGAAACUCUCGAAGCACUCUAACAUUGAGGACCUGACCAACAUUGAUGUUUUCCUUGUUUCCAAAGAGGUGGAGGAGUCCUUGGCAAGAAGGGAGACUUGUCGAUGCCUGUCGUGGUGCCACGAUAAUAAGUCUCGUCUUCGCAAGUUAAAGAGUUCUCUCGAAUUCAAUCUGCGGAGACAGGAGUUCAUUGAACUCAUCAAGUCCCAGAAGAGACUUCAGGCAGUAUUACAUGCGCGAAAGUAUUUCACGGGUCUGGAAGACGAGCACCUCAUCGACAUUCAGCAGUGCAUGGCUCUUCUUGCCUUCCCGACCAACACGGAGAUAUCGCCUUACUGUGAGCUGCUGUCUGAAGACAGAUGGAACCAUUUGAUUGAACAGUUCAGAUCUGAGAACUUUAAGCUUUAUCAGCUCUCCUCCCAGUCUGUCUUCACAGUGGCUCUUCAAGCAGGCCUUUCAGCCCUCAAAACACCGUAUCCUUUUCUGACCGAUGAUUCUCGACUGUUGCGACAGAAGACAUUCAUCAGGGUCGACUACUUCAACCGUGGCUUUGAACCUGGGUCUCUGGGUCUCGCACACAUUUCUCUGCCAAGAUUCCAUCCUCACACCGAGCUGUUGAUGGACGAUCUCGACUCCGCUCCCCCGAUCCCAUCCCCGCGAUGGCGC